AAACCAAAUGGUUGAACAGAAAGCCCCCGCCAUUGAAAGUUGGUUACACAAACCGCUGCUUAGUUUCUUGUAAUCCACUUUCUCUCAUUAGCUUUCUCUCUCUUGAUCAAUCCAUUUUCCAUAUUACUAUCAUACGAAGCAAGAAGGAAGAAGGCGCAGUCUCUUUCCCUCUCUUUAUUGAAGGGGGAAAGCCCGGGCAUCUGCAUCCGCAUCCGAUUCAACACUGAACGUCUCUGAUUCUAGCUGGAGUUGCUGAAAUCAUUGUUGUCACUCUCCUUUUCCCGAGAAGUUGGUGGUUGGAAGAAACAAAUUAGGGGAAAUCUGAGAAUAUCAAGUGAACUAUGGUGAACCCUAACUCAUUGAAGAAGUUAUUUGUACCACAGUGUUUCAGGCUCAGGACGGGUUGGGAGGGACAAGAUGAGGGUGCUACGAGCGGAGCAGGCGGCCAUACUACCUUGUGGUGGCAUAAGGAAUCCGGGCAUCAUCACUAUGGGGAUUACUCUAUGGCGGUUAUAAAAGGAAAUAUCGUAGUAGAAGAUCAUAGCCAGCUUGAGUCGGGGGUAAUGAGCUUGGAUCCCGAGGGUCCUUUUGGUACAUUCGUCGGAAUCUACGACGGGCAUGGCGGUGCAGAUACUUCAAGGUUUAUAAGUGAUCGCCUGUUUGAUAAUAUGAAAAGAAUAACGACAGAAAGGGGAGGGAUGUCGAGGGAUGUUAUAAGGGGAGCAUUUAUGGCAACAGAGGAAGAGUUUCUUGCUAGGGUCGCGCGUGAAUGGGAGGCUAGGCCAACGAUGGCGUCUGUUGGGUCUUGUUGUUUGGUGGGCGUCGUAUGCGGAGGAAUGAUAUACGUGGCCAACUCGGGAGAUUCUAGGGCGGUCUUGGGGCGAUCGUCACCUGAACAACACAUGGAAGCCAUCGCAUUAUCCAGAGACCAUAAUGCAAAUGUGGAAAUUGUCCGGGACGAGUUAAUAAUGCGGCAUCCAGAUGAUGACCAGAUUGUUUUUCAAAAGGACGGCGUUUGGCGUGUCAAGGGCAUCAUUCAGAUUUCGAGAUCGAUCGGUGAUGCUUACCUGAAGAGGCGGGAGUUCAAUAGACCGCCGUUGAUAGAAAAGUACAUGGUGCCGGGGAUAUUCGAGCAACCGAUCCUUUUGGCUGAACCAACAGUGGAGGAGCAGGGCAUUAACCCUCGGGACGAAUUUAUCAUAUUUGCUUCUGAUGGGCUAUGGGACAACCUCACAAAUCAAGAAGCAGUCGACAUAGUCUACUCCAAGUCACGAAAGGGAAUCGCAAAAACACUAGUGAAAGCCGCGCUGAAGGCACUAGCACAGGGGAGGGGCAUGAAAUAUAAGGAUCUGAAGAGGAUCGAAAUGGAUGAGAGGAGACAGGUCCAUGACGACAUCUCAGUGGUAGUUCUCUUCCUGGAUUCCAAAUUGAUCAGCAGAAGCAGCAGCAGGAACAGCAGCUCCCACACACGGCCAACUGUCUCAGAAAGAACUUAUGCACUUGACAUCAACAGGACCGGAACUAGCAGUGGUGCGGACAGGACUGGAACUAGCAGUGGUGUGGACAGGGCUGAAACUAGCCGUGGCAAGGGCGUGGCUACUCACGAUGAUGAUGAUGACUCGGAGUGAGCAGGAAAGGGGAAGAAGAUAUGUAAAGAGUGUCUAAGUUGGUGAAUUGGCAUUUCUCUCUCCUCAAAACUUGAUAUAAUUCAUGUUAGUGAUCAUGCCAAGAAGAUGCAUAAUGAAGAAGAUGAUCAAUUCGUUUCAAGAAUUUUUUAGCUGACUGGCAUUAUGAAACAGAGGAAAUUCUUUUAUAAUUCUUUCUGUAGUAGUAACUGUUACUGUUCUACUUCUAUCACGAUAUAGAGUUUCUGCUUCUUUUGAGCUA